ACAUGUGCUGCUGCUGCGCCUGAGCCCGGUCUGAGGAGGGUCGCUUUCUCCGCCUUUUUGUCUGCACGAAAUGGCAUCGGCGGAGGAUGUCGGUGCGAAAAGGCAAAUGUUUUAUGAAAUCGAGUGUGUAAUAGACGACUGCGAUGCUGAUGUUGAAUAUAAACCCCUGUCAGACAGCGACGAGUUCGACGAAGAGGAGGAACCGCGCGAAGAAGAUAUUGAUUCUUCUGAAGAAUGGGAGCCUCUCAUGCAGUCGAAAUUAAAGAAAAAUGCAUCCCCAUCGUCAUCAUCAUCUUUACCACGACGAAGAGGACGCCCACGUAAAAACGUUUCCAAUCCUCCGUUACCAGCACCAGUGAAACAAAUUUUGCCUAAAAUCGCACCAGCUCCCCCUGGUGUGAAGAGACGGAGAGGCAGACCUCCUAAAGACACAUCCAAGAUCAAACUCCUUCCCAAACCCACCCUGUAUCCCAUGAUCGUGCCCAAACCACCUGUGUUUGCAACUUUGAUUCCUAAUACUUCAGCGCAGAACCUUAAACUUGGGCCUAAUUCCACGUCCACGAUUACACUCGGCCCUAAUUUCAGUCCUUUAACUCUUUCCAGUCCCACAUCCUCCGUUAACCUGAAUCCCAAUUCUGCACCCAUACUCAUCCCGAAUUCCACAUCUGCUUUUAAUCUCAGCCCGAAUUCUGCUACAUCCGCUUCGAAUUCGCAAUCGCUUGCCACGCUCUUCUGUACUACUACUACAUCGACAAAGAUUCUGGUAGACGGCGACUCCAGAGGGAGCAAAGCCGAAGAGCAGACGAGUGUGAAUGCAACCGAAGAAGAAAGCCCUGCUCCAAAGGACGAAAACCCAGAAUUCUCAGAAUCGCCUAAUGCAAAGAGGCAACGACUCUCAUUAGCAUUUCUUCCAUUGGCCAGUGCACAACAGAUAAGCGGAUCCUUAAAUCACAUUUCACAACCUGUUUCUGAUCAUGCACCUGCUUCUGAAUCUUCCCCGGAGCUCAGUUUUCAACCUUCUCCAACAACCAUGGAUGAUCAGUUGACCUCAAUAUUUGGCUCUGAUCCCAAGCCUGAGGCCGACAGUGACCUUGAUGGAGACACUGAUGGGAUCAGUGAUUCAGAGAAGGAGGACGAGCUGUGGGAAGAUGAUUUUGAUUCUGGUGAAGAUUGGAACCUUCUAAGGGAAGUCCAGAUCAUUUAAAAUCACCUGCAUCAGCACAGUCACCUAGGGGUGGCAAUCAUCUUACACCUACUUCAUCACAAGGCAAACUCUCUAUAUCCACCUUCGAAUCUCCUCAUGAAGCCACUCCCACACCCACCUCUAAAGCCGGUACCAUUCAUCCUAUAUCUAAAGCUACUCCCACUUUUUAAAUCAUCCCUAAUAUUUGUCCCACACCCACCUCUAAAACCACUACUAUUCAACCUACCUCUCAAGCUACUUCUAUUUAUGACCUCACCCCAGAAUCCACUCCCAUUCAACCCACUCCUGAAUUCACUCCCAUACCUACUUCUGAAGCUACACCCACUCAACCCACCCCUGAAGCCACUCUCUCUGUCAUCCAUAAUUCCACUCCUCAAAAAACACUUAUACCUUGUCCAGUAUUCACCUAACAAAGACAGAGAGGUUGGCCCCUGUAAGAGUUCUUUACCAUCCAAUCCUAAACCAAUUCCUCAACUUGCUCCUACUACCAUUUCUUUUUUAAAGCUGACUCCAAAUCCCACUUUCUUCACCAAAUUAGAACUCGACUCUGGUCAGAACCAACACCCAGCUCUAGAGACAUCCCUCAGUCCACGUCUUACUCUGAAGCUACACCCAUUCAACCCACCCCUGAAUGCAUGCUGUUUAUUAUCCAAAAUUUCACUUUUAAAGCCACACUUAUAACUAGUCCAGUACCCACCUUACC